AUGAACAACAUUCACGAUUCGGAUAACGAGUCCGUUGAUAACCGAAAUGACAUUGACCUUUGCUCCGAUUUCGUUCAUCCAGUCGUGUCUGGAGUUCAAGGCCAAGAUCUCGACAACAUUCAAGAUACCGUUAGUCAGGUCAUCGAUCCCUCCGCUGCAUCUGGAUGCAGUAAGACUUCAACGGACAGCAACGAACAGCGACUCCAAAGGAUGGAAAACGCACUGUUCGACAUCACCAAGGCAAUCCACUCUAUGCAAACGACACGAGCCACACCGUAUAUCCCUGACGCUGAUCAAAAUUGGUGCACUCCUGUCAGUAGCUCGGGUGACAUCGCUUUGCCCAGUAUUCGUUGGGACAACAUAAAACCAUUCCCAUCCGGAGUACCAGCGAAUAAGAUGUGGGAAGAAUGGAACCGGUACAUCGAAAAUUUUGAAAUUGCUGCUUCCCUGAGCAAUGCCAACGAUCCAGUUCGAAGAACGCAGUUGCUCUUUCUCUCGAUUGGGGACGAAUUGCAAAAUAUCGUCAGAGCGGCUAAAUUAAAACCGAGUUUGAACGAUGCAGGAUGUUACCGUAAUUUUGUCGACAAUAUUCGAAAACAUUUUCAGUCGAUGACGGAUUCAGCGGCUGAACAUGAAGCCUUCUCGAACAUGCGACAGGACAGAUCUGAAUCAGCAAUCGCUUUCCACGCUCGAUUAACGGCAAAAGUUCGACUUUGCGGAUACAGCUCAACAGAUCAAGACCGAUUUGUAAGGGCGCAGCUGUUGAAAGGUCUGAGGAAUAGAGAGUUGGUUAAGGCUGCAAGAACAUACGGACACGACACUAACUACAUAGUGCAAGCAGCUACUCGUGACGAAGCCUAUGAAGCGGAGACAGCAAUCCAAGCAUCAUCUCAGCCUUUUGAACAGUAUGCCAUCAACCGUGUACAACGACAGUCCCCACGACAACCGUCAUAUCGUGAGUCAUCCAGCAAACGUCCAAGGCCGGGAAGAAUGGUAGACAGAACAGAGUCUAAACGAUUCCGAAAUAAUCAGCAAGCACCGCGAAGAGAUUUGCAGGAACGGGGACGCCGUGCUCGCUGCCGCCGUUGUAAUGGUCUGCCUCAUUCGAAUUAUCCUUGCCCAGCGCUAAACAGGAACUGCAAUUCAUGUGGCGAACGUGGACAUUAUGCCGCUGCUUGCCGCCAAUCCCGGAUCCGUCAUCUCCAAAUCAAAUCCAAUGAUUCACCGACACGCGACAAUAACAUCGACCAUGCUCAGCAUGUAAACACACUUUCUCUCGAAGACGUGUUGGUCACCUGUCGACUAGGUUCAUCAAGUCCAGUCCAAAUGCUUGUGGAUUCUGGGGCUGAUGUCAAUGUAAUCGGUGGCAGAGAUUGGUUACGUCUCAAGCAAGAACAUUUGUCGGGCUUAGCUGACUUGAAAAUAGUAAAAAAUGCUAUGAAGAACAUUCAUGCAUUCGCUGCCAAAACUCCUAUGGUCGUGGAGUGUGCAUUCGAAGCAGAGAUAGUGGCGAUUAAUCAUCGCGGAUCAGCUACUAAAGGGAUAUUUCACGUGAUUUGUGGUGGAACGAGAUCACUACUUGGUCGUUCAACGGCAAGCGAUAUGGGGCUUCUACAUGUUGCAACUACCAACAGUCUUGAGGAUGCUGGUGAACGGGUAACAUUCCCAAAAAUGCCUGGAGUAAAAAUCAGAUUCAGCGUCGAUGAUAAAGUUCCACCUGUGAAGAAUGCCUAUUAUAACGUGCCAGCAGCUUUUCGUGAGGCAGCGAAACUACGUUUAGAGGAAAUGGAAUCGCAAGGCAUUAUCGAGAAGGUAACAAACGCUCCAAACUGGAUAAGUGGGAUGUCCGCAGUCGCCAAGGGAAAGAACGACUUUCGAUUGGUGGUCAAUAUGCGAGCCCCGAAUAAAGCUAUCAAUCGAGAGUAUUUCCGGCUGCCAUUAAUCGAAGAGAUGAAGGUGAAGCUCCACGGGUCGAAGUAUUUCAGCAAACUUGACCUCAGCAAUGCGUUCUAUCAUCUCGAACUGCACAAUGAAUCUAGGGAUCUCACCACAUUUUGUCAGAAAAUGGUUGAUGUUCGGGGUAAACUGCGCCCCGAAAUCUUCCAGAGAGAGAUGACGCGUAUUCUUAAGAGCGUGGAAAACAAAAUAAUUUAUAUCGACGAUGUACUCAUCUUCGCGGAUUCUCUUGAGGAAUUGCGUAAAACUGUCUGCGAAGUCUUGAACAUACUGAGGGCGAACAACCUAACGCUUAAUACCGCAAAAUGCGGCUACACAGUUGAAUACAUUCGAGGGUCAGAGAACAUUGCUGAUGCUUCUUCAAGGUUAUAUGUUGGAACCGACGAGCCAUUCGACGAUGACUGCAGUCCUUGGGAAAUUGCAACCCUGGAAGCCAAUGGUGUCGAUUUCAUCACCGACGAUGAAAUCAAAAAAGCCACAGCGGACGAUCGAACUCUUCAAGCAGUCAUGGAAGCUUUGUACUCAGAAUGUUGGCCGAAACACUUGCAAACAUAUCAGCGUCUGGAAGAAGAUUUGUCCAUACGAGAAAGCAUGUUGGUGAAGACGGGAUGCGUGGUGAUUCCAGAGGCGCUACGUCAACGUGUGCUGCACAUUUCGCAUCAGGGUCAUCCAUCGGCGGCGAAGAAUAAAGUAUCCUACGACAACGAGUGUGGUGGCCCGGCAUGA